UAUUUUCGCCCUACACUAACUGACAAAACUAUCUCUCGAUUCUCUCUUUCUCUCACACGCACACAGACACACAGAUAAACGGUUUGCAGGUACGCACAUAUGCGCACAGAGUCGCCGAUGGGAAAGAAGGAAGGAGGGGAGAGCAAGGAAGAAGAAAAUUCUACUGUAACCAAGGUAAUGGAAAGUCACAACUUGAUGGGCUCGCCAAGUUUCAAGCCACUGGACAAUGGGCUCUUUAAAUGCGUGGAGACUGGCCAUGAGCUUCCGGCGCACGUCCAGGGCUCUUAUGCCCAAAGCAAGCACGGUCGCUUGGGACUCAUUGACCCUGCCAUUGCCAAAAAUAAGCCUAAUCUCAAUAUGUUUCUUGAGGACCCACUUUCCCGUUCAAAGUUAAAGUGCAAGUUAACUGGAGUCACAAUCAAUAAAACAGAGGGACAUAAAUGGAAGCAUAUCAAUGGAAGGCGGUUCCUCAACAUGAUAGAGAAAAUGGAAGUUGAGAAGGAAAUGUCUAACGGGACAGUAGAGAAACAUGGCGACGAAAAAGAGGAGGAGAAGAAUAAGAAUAAAGAUGAUGGUUUGAAGACGAAGAAGCAAGAGGAAAAUGGUAAAGUUACCGCUGAAGAGGAGGAUUCGAUGGGGACUGUUGUUGAUUUAGAAGAAGAAAAUGAGUUCUGGAUGCCUCCUGUCGGGGAUCGUUGGGACCAUGAUGGUGUAGGCGAGGCAGAAAAUGAUAAUACUGGUGAGGAAGGUAUGUCCGUGUCUUUAGGACAUAUUUUGUCAUGCCAAAUACAUAUUCGUAGAGAUUGGAAUGGUAUAUUCCACCAUAACAUCUUUAACUCUCUAAUAUGCUUAAAUUACGAGCGCAAUGAGAUUUUUGUUGUGUUAAAAUACCUGUGAGAAUGGCUGAUGCUG